AUGUCUUUAAUACAUUCUAAAUUAUAUUUAGAAAUAUAUUAUAAUGUUAUCGAUAUUGUAUUAUAUGAAAUAUUCGAAGUAGAUAUUUUUUAUAUUAAAAAACCCGUUAAAACAUUUUAUGGAAUCAUACAUAUAUGUAAUGAUUUUUAUACUUAUUUUAGAGUUGAAUUUGCAAAACAAUUUUACAAAAAGUUUGAUUUAAAUGAAAGAAUAUUUCCUUUGAAUUGUAUUCGGAAAAAUUGUAAGAUAAUAGGAAAAAGUAUAGAGACAGAAUAUUGUGGAAGUCUUUGGGAUUUAUUAAAUUCAUUCAAGAAUGAUUAUUUUCAAUUUGAAGAAUAUCAUAAUGAUCUUCCGGUUGCUUUGUAUAGAUGUGAAUACGAAUAUCAUAAGAAUAAAUCUGUUGAAAAAUAUUUUGAAAUAUUAAGAAACGUCAAAUUAUUUUUUUUCAAGAUUCAUGAUUAUUAUGAAAAUUAUAGGGAAAAACGAAUUAAUGAAGCUUGUAAGAAUUUUAAAAAUUUGGUGAUGAAAAAAUGGGAAAACGAAAAAAAUUUUAUUAUUUUCGAAGAAUAUGAUAGUGAUGAUUCUAUUAAUAAUGACAGAGAUAAAGACUUUAUUGGAAAAUAUGAAGAAUUUAAUAUUUUAGUUCGUUGCAAAUAUAGGGAAAAAAAUAAAAUAAGUGUUGGUGAUAUCGAAAGACUAGAUGCUUUUAGAAAAAAUUACUAUAAUGAUCAUAUAGGUAUUUUAGUGACGAAUAAAGGUUAUUCUAGAAAUGCUAAGAAUGAAGGAAAAAAGAUGAAUAUUCUUAUGUGUAAUACAGAAAAUAUGUUUAGAAUUAUUUUAAAAGAAAUUAAAAUUAGAAAGAAGAAAAUCAAAGAAGGAAAUCAUCAAUCUCAAGAAUUAGUAGUUCAG